AUGCUGUUGAUAUUGGUUUUAAUUAGUUUAACUGCCGAUGACUUUCCUUCGUUAAUUUCCGCAAAUGCUUCGAUUGCUGUUGUGCUGGAUCGCGAGUACCUGGAUACAAUGUACGACGCAACCUUGGAAGAAAUAAAGGUCAUUAUGGAAAAAGUGCUUCGGGAGGACCUCCGAAACGGCGGUUUGGUCGUUUUUUAUUACUCCUGGACCAAAAUUAACUACAAAAAAGACUUCACAGCGGUUUUUGUCAUCACUGGAUGUGAGUCCAUGUGGGAAGUUUACGACGAAGUGCAAGAAGAAAGGUUGCUGAUGAUCGCUUUGACCGAACCAAAUUGCCCGAGAUUGCCUGUGGGACGUGCUAUAAUGAUUCCCAUUAUCACGCCUGGCGAAGAGCUCCCUCAAGUAGUAUUGGAUGCAAAAAUCGCUAAAUCCUUUAAAUGGGACUCGGCAAUCGUUCUUCACGAUGAAACUUUUGGUCGCGAUAUGGUCAGUCGAGUCGUUUUAAGUUUAUCUCAAGAGUCACCAGAUGGCAUUGUCACUCCCACAGCUAUCUCCAUGUUCAAAAUUAGCUCGAAAAAUCACGAAUGGGAUCGAAAAAAGGACAUCCGAAUGACUCUCAAGUCGCUUCCGUUGCAGAGAAUUGGCACGAAUUUCAUCGCAAUUGUCACAACGAAAGUCAUGGAGACGAUUAUCGAGAUUUCGAGAGAUAUUGGACUCGUUAAUACCUUCACGCAGUGGCUUUAUGUCGUGUCAGAUACGCGUUUCGGUAAUAAUAACGUGUCAUCCAUUGCCCCGAUGAUCGACGAAGGACACAAUAUUGCAUUUAUUUUUAAUAACACGCGAGAUGAUAGCAGUUGCGUGAGUGGCUUACAUUGUCAUUGCGCGGAGCUUUUGCGCGCUUUCGUGCUCGGAUUGUCACGCAUGAUAAAGGAGGAACAAGCGGUUUAUGGGCAGAUAUCCGACGAGGAGUGGGAAGUCAUUCGCCCGACAAAGGCUGAACGGAGAGAUAGCAUAAUUGGGCAUAUGCACUCGUACCUGAGGGAGAACAGCAAGUGCGAUAAUUGCUCGACGUGGAUGAUUCAAGGCGCUGAUGUCUGGGGAAAUUCCUUUGAUACACGAGGAAAAGGCGCAGAAGGUUUUAUCAACACAGUAGACCUGGAUUGGGCAAAAAAGACAAAAUUAAUUGACGUCGGUGCUUGGAAACCAACCACUGGCUUACUUUUAUACGAUGUUCUCUUUCCGCACGUCUCUCACAAGUUCAGGAAUCGCAAUUUUCAUAUCAUUACUUACCAUAAUCCACCUUGGCAAAUUAUCUCUUAUAACGAGACAGGACAUCCGAGCCCGGAAACGUCUAAGGGAGUCGUACUAGAUAUCCUCAAGUCUGUCGCCAAACGUCUCAAUUUCACAUAUAACUUGCAUUUAAUCAAUGUUGGACCACAAUCAACUGUUGCUCCUGUUAAUAUUUCGUCGUUAGAUGAUGCCAAUGCAACUGCUUCUGACAUUCAUUUAUUGACCUCGAACUUACCUUCGGAGAUUUUAUCGGAGCUGCAGGAUGGAAGAGUUCUCUUGGCAGCUGUUGCUGCGACAGUUAACAGCAAAUAUUUGAGAUAUGUGAAUUUUACAAUUCCAUUAAGUGUUCAACCCUACAGUUUUCUCGUAUCCCGUCCUCGAGAAUUAAGUCGAAUGUUCCUCUUUUUAGCGCCUUUCACACCCGAAACUUGGGUUUGUUUAUUCCUCGUGAUUUUUUUGGUUGCUCCAGCCCUGUAUCUGAUCGAUCGUUUUACGCCAUUUUACGAGUGCAACGGAAUUACCAUCAAAGGAGGUCUCAGUAAAUGCGAAAAUUGCUUCUGGUACGUGUACGGAGCUCUUUUGCAACAAGGCGGUUUGUAUUUGCCGCGUGCCGAUAGCGGAAGAAUUGUCGUCGGAACUUGGUGGUUGGUUGUAAUUGUCGUUGCGACAACGUAUUGCGGCAAUUUAGUCGCCUUUUUGACAUUCCCGCAAAUGGAUACUCCGAUAACGACGGUUGGGAAAUUAGUUAAAAAUAACAAAGGCAUCACGUGGGGCAUGCAAACGGGAACUUUUUUGAUUGAUUAUUUGAAGGAAACGGACGAGAAAAAAUACCAAACCCUCUACGAGAACGCCCAAUUCUUCCACGAAGAGAUCACUCCGGAGACUAUCGACAGCGUUCGUGCCGGCAAACACAUCCACAUCGACUGGAAAACGAAUCUGCAGUACAUCAUGAAGCGUGAAUUCCUGCUGCACGAUCGCUGCGACUUUGUUCUCGUCGCCGAGGAAUUCUUAGAAGAGCAAAUCGCGAUGGUAAUGCCUCGUGGAUCGCCAUAUCUCGCCUUGGUCAAUCAGGAAAUCAAAAUUUUGCAUCAAAUGGGCUUCAUUGACCUGUGGCUGAAGGAAUAUUUGCCGAAAAAGGAUCGUUGUUGGACCGUCAAGAAGAACAGCGAAGUCGAGAAUCACAUGGUGAAUUUGUCGGACAUGCAAGGAUGCUUCAUUGUGCUGCUGUUGGGCAUUUUGGUUGGCAUUUUGUUGAUUUUGGCGGAAUCUGGUUGGAGAUAUUUUGAGCAAAAUUGAAGUGAAACAUUGUUACGCGAUUGUAACGGAUGA